CACAAGAUGGGUCAUGCACAAGAUUUUAGUCAGACCAAGCUAUAACAUUAUAUAUUUACUACGACAAUGGUCAUGGAAGUAAAAAUAUGGGCUAAUAACGUAGCCUUUGACCGAUUCCCGUGAAACGCGUUGUGGAGUAACGGUUGGUUGUUGGGCCGAGUUCCUCCUUUAGGAAAGAAUCAGUAACUGGUUAGCACCUUCUUAGCCUAUAGGCUACAUUUUGUCAAACUUUUGUGCCACAGUUGGAUGUGCAUUAUCCUUUACAUUCUAAGCCUAUAUAUGGCCAGUUUCUCAAAGCAGCCACGCCGUGUAUGUGGGUUGACUAACAGUUGGGUGUCCAUGCACCUGUUAAGCUCAGCUGUGGACCCUCCUAUGAGUUCACACCGUGGUGCUGCAUAGCUCAGUCUGCUGCAGGCCUAGGGACACACACACACACACACACACACACACACCACAACAGCUGAUCUACACAAGCACACUCACAACCAAAGCACACCUGCUUCUGCUCGUUGUAAUGGUUAUUAUGGUUGUAGCCUCAUAGUUGGUGGUUUAGUAAAGAUAAAGCAGUAGGUUUUUGGUGUUUCAGAAUUCACUUGGCCAUAGUGUAGACCUAGUCAGUGUAUUGUCUAUGCUAGCUCAAUUAGCCUACGAUAAAGCUCUUUGACUCCCCAGAAAUGUUGUUGAAGGUUGACUAGGCUAGAUAGCAGACUGGAUAUGCCUGGGUAGCCUGUGUGUUGUCCCUGUUAUCAUUCAGCACAAGGGUGCUCCUCAGUCCUGUUUCCUCGUGACUCUCCAUGCUCUCUAAUUGAGUUUUCCUCAACAUGCGGAUGAACAACCACGAGAUUCUUGGCCAGUCCAUGAUCGAGUCGGGUAGUGAGUUUGGACCUGGAACAGCCUAUGGAAACGCUCUUAUUAAAUGUGGCGAGAAGGAGAAGCAAAUCGGAGGAGCGGAGAGAGAGUUCAUCCAGAGCUCUGCCAUUAACUUCCUCACGCCGUUCAGGAACUUUCUAGAAGGAGACUUCAAAACCAUCCUGGAUCAGCAGGACCUGCUGAUGACCCAGAGUGAGUUUGACAGACAGGCUGAGAUCACCAGGCUGCUUCUGGAGGGGGUCAACAGCACACACACGUCAUCAUGGUGAGCAGUGUCCCAGGCAUGGACUCUGAUUGGCUGAUGGGCGAGCGGGGGACCCAGAAGGGAAAAUUACCCAUUC